AGGACACAGGCAAUGCGCAUGCGCACAAGGCUUCUGGACGAUUCCUCACGUGGAAGCGAGUCCCCUUGAUCAAGUUGUCACAUCCACGUUCAACGAGGAGAACCCCAAGUGCCCGCCGCGCGCCGUCGACACCCAGACGUCACAAAUUAAGUCAUGGCCUUCAGAAAAUUCCUGCCUCUGUUCGACCGUGUCCUGGUGGAGCGUUUCACGGCGGAGACUGUGACAAAAGGUGGCAUCAUGCUGCCUGAGAAGUCUCAAGGCAAAGUACUGCAGGCUACAGUGUUGGCAGUCGGGCCUGGAUCGGUCAACCAGGAUUUCUACAACUGGCCGGAUGAGUCAUUUGAGGAGAUGGACAGCACCCUGGCUGUCCAACAGUAUAUUCAGCAGAACAUCCGCUCAGAUUGCUCUAACAUUGACAAAAUCCUGGAACCGCCAGAGGGCCAAGAUGAGGGGGUGUGGAAAUACGAACACCUCAGGCAGUUCUGCUUGGAGCUGAACGGACUAGCAGUCAAACUGCAGAGCGAGUGCCAUCCGGACACAUGCACCCAGAUGACGGCCACCGAGCAAUGGAUCUUUUUAUGCGCCGCCCACAAGAACCCCAAAGAGUGCCCCGCCAUCGACUACACCAGGCACACGCUGGACGGAGCUGCCUGUCUUCUCAAUAGCAACAAAUACUUCCCCAGCAGGGUGAGCAUUAAGGAGUCCUCCGUGGCCAAGCUGGGGUCGGUGUGUCGCCGCAUCUAUAGGAUAUUCUCUCAUGCCUACUUCCACCACCGCCAGAUAUUUGACAAAUAUGAGAAUGAAACGUUCCUGUGUCACCGCUUCACGCGCUUCGUGAUGAAGUACAACCUGAUGUCUAAGGACAACUUGAUCGUGCCCAUCCUGGAGGAGGAGGUGCAGAACACCUCGUCGGCUGGCGAGAGUGAGGCCUGAGGGGAGGGUGCCCGGCAGCGCGCCCACAUCUACACGCACACAUCUACAACACACUACUGUACAGCGUACUAAGACCUCCUGCCUGGCACCUUGUUGCUCCAUUGUGAAAGAAAGCCUGCGGGACAUUUUAGUCAAAAAAUAAAGCACCAUACUUCUCUAGGGAACAUUUUAUCUUUUGAGCAGCUGGAAUUGCAAAAAAAAAACAAAACAAAAAAAAGUUAUCUCUCUGUAUUGUUGACAUCGGCACACACUAUGAGAGCCACCCCCUAUGUAAAUAAUAGCCGGUUUUAGUUUGUUUUUUAACGGUGCUUCACUGUUCCCCCUUUCCCCCCCUUUCUACCGCUUAAGUUCCGCUCUUUGCUUUUCUGUCGCCUGUCAUUUUGUGCGGAGUAGAAGCAGUGGUGUCACUCGGUGACUGCAGUUACUAAGAUGCCACUCCCAAAAAAAUCCUCAAAUGUAGGCAUGAUUGGUGCGUUAGUGAACGACAAACAGCGACGUAGCUAUCCAAGUGUGCUCCUGGUAUUCUUGAUGUUCAUAACGUGGCUGGUUAGUCUGCUUAAAAGGCAUAACAUUGGUCGUGUUUAAAUCUUGCAUUCUUUUCCGUCACCCUAAUUAAGUUAUUUUGCUUUAUCAAAUGUCUAAUCCACUUACUAUGUUUUUUUAAAUUGAGUAAAAAGAACUUUGUUACCGUUUGUGACAUUUUCACGUCUGUUAAUAAAAGACUUAUUAUUCUGGAA